AUGGAUAAUGCUGUGCCAACCACGAGUAAGGCAGGCGCGGGAAUUACAUCGCCGUCCCCCCCAAGGAAACGAAAACAACUCAGUUUGGGGCAUUUAUCUCUGGCAGAAAAACAAGCAAUAUUGAAUUUGUACAAGAAAAACCUAGAUGAUGAACCUACUCUUAAAACUGUACAACUUGUAUCCAAAAUAGCGAUGACAUUAGGUGUUGCAAAAUCAACAGUAUAUCGAGCUAUAAAACAGUAUAAAUCUACUGGAAGGGUGUCUACUUCCAAACACUGUGGUGGGAGACCUGGGAUUGUUACAUGUUUGGAUGAAGCAAUGAAGAAUUCCAUAAGGCGUAUAGUACACAGCUUUUUCUUUAAAAAUGAGAUCCCCACUUUGGACAAAAUAUUAACCAAAAUAAAAAGUCGUCAGCAUUUGCCACAGAUGUCCCGUUCAUCAUUAUAAAAAUUUAUGAAACAAAUUAAUUUCAAUAAUUUAGAUGAAACAUGGUUAAAUGAAGGUCAUACAAAAGAAAGAGUAUGGGUUGAUACUAAUAUUAAAAGCAAACGUGAUGCGUUCAAUGAAAGGCUGUCUACGGGAUUAAAAAAUCCGUCCGGUGAAGGAAAGCGUCUUAUUAUCUUACACGCUGGCUCAGAGGAAGGAUUCGUUGAAGACUCGUUAUUGGUUUUCGAAGGCAAAAAGAGUGGGGAUUAUCACAAGAAAAUGAAUGCAAAUGUGAAGAAUGAAGUGGCAAGCAAAAAUAAAACAUAUAAAUUGAAGGACGUAAGGCAACUACUAAUAGAGGCUCUUAAUAAUGUUACAAAUAUGAACUGGAAAAAAUGUGUAGAACAUGUGAUUAAGGAGGAAGAAAAAAUGGGAACACUUGAAAUUAUGGACGAUCUCAUUGAACCUUUAAUCAUAUCAAUUAAUAAUAGCGAGAGCGAUAUGGAUACUGACUCAUCGAAUAAUUCAGAAAAUUGUUAG